AUGUUGAAUAAUUACUUAGUUUCUCUUCUGUUUAUGAUUUUCACCGAAUCACGAGUAUCUCAUCGUUCUAUAAAGCCAUUUGCGUAUGCUAGUCCAUGUGAAAUAAAGUGUAUCAACGACCUAUCCAAGGAGUUAACUCUGAAGGAAAAAGUGAACAUUUGCGAAAAACGUUGCGCCGGAGUUACUUUUCGGCCAGUGACCUAUCAUAAUUAA